ACUGGGACUUAAACCUGGUCCUACUGUAGAUAUGGGUUUCAUAAAUUGUUCUCAGUGAUUGUCAACAAAUCCAAAGUUCACUGCCAUAACACGAAAACGUGAUGUCUUUGUCUUUGUAAAUGCAGGUUUAACCCUCUACUGCAUAGCAUUGCCCUCAGGCAACAAACCACAUUUUCAGACCUCACACUGGCCCUCUAAAAGAAAACAAAAUGUUUUUUUCAAAUAAUGUUACCAGACACAUCUCUGGCCAAUGAAAUGAUGAGUUGAAGGUGGUGUGCCAUUCAUUUGGGGGCGGGAAACCUCCUUUCAGGAAGUAGCACCACAUGGGACAGAUCGCCACUAGUAGGUAAGAUAAAUAUCACUAUUUUACAUGUUUACAUUGAAAUAAUUGUAUAUAAAAAAAUACUUGCAUGUGCAUGAACAUGUAAAUAAGUAUAUUUGAUUGUUUGAGUACUUAUUUUGUUUUUAUUUAUACAGUAAAACUGUUUAUUUUCAUUCGUCGCCUCAAGGCAACACUGUGCAGUUAGCCCAAUUUUUUUCAGGCAAUAUAAUGCAUUAGCAUAUGUGUGUAGAGAUGUGUUUGUAUGCAUUUAAAUGAUCAUAGUCAAUGCUUUUUUACUUUACAAUCUACUGAUACUUACAGGACAUGGACAUAAGAACAUUUUACAGCAGAAAGCAGCAGGAAUGUGCAGUUAGGGACAUUCCCUCAGAGUGUGAGGACAGUGAGCUGUCUGACAGUGACAGUGAGGGAGUGGAUCAGGAAGAAUGGAUCCCUGAGUCAGGAGAAAACCAGCCUCAAGACAGCGAGUCUGAGACAGAGGAAGAGCAAGGAGAUGAAGAUGAAGAGGAAGGUGAAGUGUCUCACCUCCCAAGAUGGAGAAAAGUCCACAAUGCCAGCAUCAAUGCCUACCCAGAAUGACAGGGCCAGCUGCCAACAGCUGA